CCUUUAAUGAGUGAGAGUUGCUGAGAGAGGACGUGGCGGUACAAACAGCGCGGCUAGCCUGGCUGUUUUCCCCCAUUAGCCACGUUUAUCUGCCGUGGUCUGCGACUGAAACCCGCCCGGUACGGCGAGUGGACUUCGUCGCGGUAUAGUCAGAUACAGGAGUGAAGGCUGGGGAGUUCUGGUAAACCCAGACUGGACUGAGCUGCGCUGUCGGAACCGCUCAGUUCGCUCAGCUUGUUCACCACGUUAGCUAUGCUAAGCUAAUCACAGACUGGUUAUUUUUCGCGUGUUUACCUUUUUAUCAGAUCCGCGCGGACUUCAUGUCUCGUGUGUGUGGGAAAAGCAGGUACGCUGUCUGGCCCGGAGUCAGCAGGUCAGCCGGGCUUACUCCUCCAUGGGGCGACAGCGGAAUGAACACGGUUAGCCUAGCCUAGCCUAGCCUAGCCUAGCUUAGCUAGCCUGUUCUUCUGUUCUGCUGGUGGCGGUCGAAGCCAAACUGAACGCUGCUGCUCCCCUUGUGUUCAACUAAAGGAUUGUUCUCAAACAUAUGUGGACGUGGGACGAAUUUAAUGACCAAAAAGGGCCGAAAAAGGAACACCGGAGACCCUGUGAGUGAGCGAAGAGGAGCCGCAGAGCAGACAUGAACUUCGUGAUGAAAGCCGCUCUGGGAGGGGGUCCCCCUGAUGUGGGGAAGAUGCUGGGAGGAGAGGAGGAUAAAGACCCCGAGGCGGAGAAAGAGAAAGAGGAGGAGAGGCAGGAGGCUCUAAGGCAGCAGGAGGAGGAGCGGAAAGCCAAAUAUGCCAAGAUGGAGGCCGAGCGGGAGGUGAUGAGGCAGGGCAUCAGAGACAAGUACGGUCUAAAGAAGAAGGAGGAAGCCGAGGCCGAAGCGCAGGCGGCCAUGGACGCGGCCAGCGAGGGCAGCCUGACGCGUCCGAAGAAGGCCGUGCCGUCCGGGUGCGGAGACGACGACGAGGAAGAGGAGAGCAUCAUGGACACGGUGAUGAAGUACCUGCCGGGGCCGCUGCAGGACAUGCUGAAGAAGUAACACGUUGUCGACAUGGCGACACAGCUUUACGUACUAUUAAUAUUCUUCUUCUUAUUAAUAUUAUUACAAUUGUAAUGCGUGCUUCCGCUUUCAAACAGCAGAGGGCGCACUAGAGCAAGAGAGCAACACGACAUUACAAAAAACACCAUCGUUGUUUCGCAGAGGUUUUGUAAAUAGAAUUUAGCUGUUCUAGGUAAGAAGGAAGGGCAGUACGUUUCAAAAUAUAAGCCAUAUUUUAUCUUUAACGGGAAAUGCUGAAUCCUAAGUUCCGAUAUUGUUUCUUAUUAAACACAAACGAAAAACACGUAGGCUACGAUGUUUGCAUGAAAUGUAGCUUGAAAAAUCGACUUCCACCGUUUUGUACUGUCAACCAGCAAUUUUCCUCGAUUUAUUAGCUGUGUAUUAGCUAAAAGAGCUAGCUACGUACUAGCUAAACAUCUUUAGUCUAACGCGAAACAUCGCAAUCACUAGCGGAAACGUCUCAUCUAUGCAUGUAUCCAUCACGUAGACUGUGUGCUUAACCACAUCUUUGGUGCAAAGGCUAAAAUAACAUAGAAGGCAAUAAAUUUUUAGCUUAGUCGAUGCGCAUUUGCUGAACAUACCAAAACUCAGUCGAUCUCGAAGCUAAACUCUCUCAGCGGACCGACCUAUAGAGCACAGGUUUGAGUCACAUGAGGCCUCAACACAUUCUUAACAGUGCAGAAAAGACAUAGGUUCAUUUAAAGUCCUUUUUAGUGUGAUAUAAUAACACAAUACACACUUCAGGUACAGGAUCCACGAAAGAAUUCGCACCACUGACUUCAGAGUUGGCUUAGAAUUGACUGUAACACGGAGGGUCAGCAUCGAAUCCGUUCGUUCGGACUUUCUUUCGGACCGUUUUCUGGAACUUUCUUAGCAAUAACAGUUUCUUCUGUUUGCUUAGCUUGUGAGAAACCAAUGAUAAACACAAUCUGAGUGAAUGACGAAUGUAACGUUAAUCGGAGAGACUGUGUCUGGGGCGAAAUACGCAAAGAGAAAUAAUGGGCAUUAUAGCAAUAUAAUGAUCAAUCAUGUGCUGUCAUUUGUUGCAUUUCAGGCUUUUUGUUUGCUCGCCUUAAACUGAUGCCUUUAUUAACGAUUAUGAUCAACGGAAAUGUAUUGUACUGUCACUUAAAACCAUUAAAAACACUACUAAAAACCUC